AUGGCCACCUUCAAAUCAAGCCUGCCAUGGUUUUUUCUGCAAAAUCAUGGGGAAGCUAGCUCUCCAUGUCACCAUUCUAGUCACCAUUAUCAAGGAAAUAUGUUCUGCCAUGGCUUGAAGCUAAAGAGAAACUUUGGAAUCAGGAAAGGGUUGGGGUCCCGAGGCUGCAAAUGCAAUAUUCAUGGCUAUAAUAUUUCAGAAGAUGAGAAGAUAUUUGUGGGGAUUCUCAGAGAAGCUCAGCCUUACAUUCUUUUGCAUAGAGGCAGUACAUUUGUUGUGAUAUUAUCUGAGGAAGUAAUGGAUGCUCCAUUUUUGGACUCCAUUCUCAAGAAGAAAACUGUACAAUUUUCUUCUUUUGUAAAUAAUAAUGAUAAUGGGGGAGGCAGGAGCAAGUUAAUAGGUCGGCGAAAGGUGUUGGGGGAGACAGAGAGUGGGAGUAUUGAAGACGGUUAUAAUUCGGUGGAAGACAAGCAAUUCGUCAAGUGGUUUCGCGAGGCAUGGCCUUACUUGUGGGCUUAUAGGGGUAGUACUUUUGUUGUUAUUAUUUCUGGUGAAACUGUUUCUAGUCCUUUUUUGGAUUCCAUUUUGAAGGCAAGGCAUGAGCCUAAGCAUGUUGGUCAAUACAGAAUUACUGACUCUGAAGCUUUGGCGGCUUCAAUGGAGGCUGCGGGGAAGAUUCGUUUGAUGAUAGAGGCCAAACUUUCUCCUGGACCUUCCAUAUGCAAUAUUCGUCGACAUGGUGACAGUAGUCGUUGGCAUGAUGUUGGUGUCAGUGUUGCUAGUGGUAAUUUUCUUGCAGCCAAGAGACGAGGAGUUGUUGAAGGGGUUGAUUUUGGAGCAACCGGUGAAGUAAAGAAAGUGGACGUUGCUCGUAUGCGUGAAAGGCUUGAUGGUGGUUGUAUAGUUGUGUUAAGCAACUUGGGUUAUUCCAGCUCUGGAGAAGUCUUGAAUUGCAACACAUACGAAGUUGCUACAGCUUGUGCCUUGGCUAUUGGGGCAGAUAAGCUUAUCUGCAUCAUAGAUGGUCCAAUUUUGGAUGAGAGUGGACAUCUUAUUCGUUUUUUGACUCUUGAAGAAGCAGACUUGUUGAUUCGUAAGCGGGCUCAGCAAAGUGAGAUAGCUGCUCAUUAUGUCAAAGCUGUUGGUGAUGAAGAUCUCACUUUUCUUGAACACAAUGAUUCUAUUGGAAUUGUUGCACCCUCGCACAAUGGGAAGGCUCAUAGUGGAAGGCACAAUGCAACCUUUAACAAUGGUGUUGGGUUUGACAAUGGAAAUGGACUAUGGUCUAGGGAACAAGGUUUUGCUAUUGGAGGUGAAGAGCGACAAAGCCGAUUAAACGGUUAUCUUUCAGAAUUGGCAGCUGCUGCUUUUGUUUGCAAAGGUGGUGUUCAAAGAGUACAUCUUUUAGAUGGUACGAUUGGUGGAGUUCUGCUGUUAGAACUGUUUAAAAGAGAUGGAAUGGGGACAAUGGUGGCUAGUGAUCUUUAUGAAGGAACCAGGAUGGCUAGAGUGACAGAUCUUGCAGGAAUAAGACAAAUUAUACAACCUUUAGAAGAAUCUGGCACAUUGGUUCGAAGGACUGAUGAAGAGCUACUUAAAGAAUUGGAUUCCUUUGUUGUUGUGGAAAGAGAAGGUCAAAUCAUUGCUUGUGCUGCUCUUUUUCCUUUCUUUGAGGAGAAGUGUGGAGAGGUUGCUGCUAUUGCAGUUUCACCUGAAUGUCGGGGACAAGGGCAGGGAGAUAAAUUACUUGGUAUGUUAUUUCUUGUGCUCAAGGAGGAAAGAUUGCAGUAUAUGGCUUUGUGCUGUCUCUGCAGUCAUUUAGUGUUUGAAUGGACUGAAGUUUUGAAGUUCUUUAGAACCACUUCCCCUUUGAGACAGUUAUUAGAUUUCAUUGAGAAGAAGGCCUCUUCUCUUGGAUUGGAAACACUCUUCCUGCUUACAACCCGUACUGCAGAUUGGUUCAACAGACGCGGCUUCUCAGAGUGUUCCAUUCAAUUGAUACCAGAGGAAAGAAGGAAGAAGAUCAAUCUAUCCCGUAAUUCGAAGUAUUAUACAAAGAAGUUGCUACCUGAUACUAGUGGAAUUAGUGUUAAUAGAGCUUUUAGUUAA